CCCUGGUAAGCUGGGUUGGGUUGGAUUGGGUUGGGGAGGGCGCCACGCAACGAGAGAAAAGACAAACUCAGUCAGUGGCUCGGCGGGUGUGUGUGUGGGUGUCUAUACGGCGAUCCACUUGACGACCUGUCCGUUCUCCCACAUGCCCUCCUUGACCACGCCGUCCUGACCCUUGUGCCAGCCUACACGCACGCACGCACGGACAGUCAGGGGAGUCUAUGUGGUCACGUGACUGACUGACUGACUCCCCAACUGACUCCCCACCUCACUCACUCAUUCACUCACCUUUGCCCUCCUGUUUGCCGUUGACCCAGUUGCCCCGCACCUCAGACCCGUCGGGCCAAGAGAAACGACCGGCGCCGUGCUUCCUGAUGGGCAGAGCGGACACGCACAUGUGUGGACCGUUGCUGUAUCCCGGUGGUAGUUAGUUACUUGUCGCUUUUGUAUUCCCCUUCGUAGACUUUGCCGUCGGCCCAGGUGAACUUGCCCUGACCGUCCAUGCGAUUCCGCUUCCACUGCAGACGUAGGUGGUUGGGAUACACGACGAGCAAAGGCGGGCGGCAUUGUGUGUGUGUGUGUGUGUGUUGUGAUGCGUGUGUGUACCUGUCCUGAGUACUCCCUGCCGUCCGGCCACUGCAGAUCGAUCCGCCAUUUGCAGACAUCCAUCCAUCCAUCCAUUUGAGACGAUCUGUUGGCUUGUCUGUCUGUCUGUGUGUCUGUCUGCCUAGUGUGCGUCCUGCUUGGCUUGACUCUGUGUGUGUGAGCUUUACUUUGAAUCUGCCGUGUCCGUGAAGGUUGUCUUCGUAGAAGGACCCCUCGUACGUGGCGCCCCCCUCCCACCGAAAGGUGCCCUUCCCCUGCUUCUUGCCCUCAACAAAAUGACCUGGGGGCAAGCAAAGACAACGCACACACAUACAUACACACACGCACAGGCGCAUCUCUGCCACGCUGCUGCGUGUGUGCCGACCGACCUACGUACCUUCAUAGUAUGAUCCGUCCGGCAGUCGUUCGACGCCUGGACCGUGUUUGCGUCCGUCUCGCCACUCGCCCUUGUAGGAGGUGCCGUCCUUUUUGGUCAGGUGGCCCUGGCCCUCCGCCUUGCCCUCACGCCAGUCACCCACGUAACUCGUGCCGUCCUUCCACACCUACAGACACAUAACGCAUAAAACCAGGCAGGCAGGGAGGCAGGGAGGGAGAUGAGCAAGGAUCAGACAGAGGCCCACCCAUCCCAUCAAUCGCUCUUUCUUUCUGUCCUUGUGUUACCUGCUCGCCCCUGCCGUGUGGCUGGUCGUUCUGGUGCAAAAGGGGUCACACAGAGCAUACAUACGCAGCGUGUGUGUGAAUAAAUGAGGUGUUGAGUGUCUCAAUUGUCUGUGUGACUGUACUGUGCGCCCACCCUCAUUUGUCCCGAGUAGAAGGCCCCGUUGUCGAGCUUGUGGUUCUCGACCUCGUUGUACACACCCGCCUCAGCAACCUGCACAUACACACACAUCGACACACACAUUCACAUUCCCUACGACUAGUGUCCAUUUACCGACCCUACCCUUCAUCUGUGUGUGUGACUGACUGACCAGGUAUGAGUGGUUCGCUGACAGCCACUGGUCGCCCCUCCGGGCGUCGUGAAUGUUGAAGUGCGACGAGUCGUCUGUGGCGCCGGUGCUGCUCAUGUUGACGGCCCCGCCCUGCACCGACGGGCGGAUGAGCUUCCGGUCCAUGUCAGCCCACUCGCUGAUGUCGAUCUGAUGCUCAUUCUGACAUGCCGACCACACAAACAAGAUACAGACAGACAUGGGCUAGGCGUGUGAAGUGAGUGGUGUUUGGGUACCUACCGUUGGCGGCAGCGGCCACACGCCUCCCCUGUGGAGGCACUGCUGAGCCGGAAAACUGCACUGCACACACUCAAUCACACACACAACAGACCACACAACCACAGCAACACAACAACACAAUACGCUUUCGUGCCUUCCUCCUCUGUUGCAGCUUCCAAAAAUCGUCCCGUCUCAAACUCCCAGAGUGGCCUCUCUGUCUUCCUGCCUCGCUGCAGCUUUGCGAGCUGCUUUGCUCCUGUGUACCUGGUUGCCCAUUGCGCUGCAGAAGGCCGCGGACACCGCCGCAGCAGGCGAAAAGACGGGAUGCCAGGACGUCAAGGGCAGCACUGCCUGCCUAACCGCAUUGCCAUUCCAGGCUCCCACAUCCUCAAUAGCGCGUUUUUCUCAGGAAAG